UCACUGCUUGACUUUGUACCCUCAACGGAAAAUAAUCAAUCCAAAAUGUACUCCAAGGUGCUUUGUUUAGCCGCCCUUGUCGCCGCCGUAGUCGCGUAUGAUUACCACCAUGCUCCUGCAUACUCUUCUCAACACAUCUCUCGCCACGAUUAUGGUUAUGGACAUGGAUAUGGUCAUGAUCAUGACUACUAUGCCCACCCUAAAUAUCAAUUUGACUACAAAGUAGAAGACCAUCACACCGGCGACAUUAAGUCUCAGCACGAGAGUCGCGACGGUGAUGUCGUAAAGGGCUACUACGGUCUCCACCAGCCCGACGGCAACGAAAGACAAGUGCACUACCAUGGCGACGGGCAUACCGGAUUCCACGCUGAUGUCAAAUACAACGUGCAUCACGUCGUGCUUUGCUUAGCCGUCCUUGUCGCCGCUGUAGUCGCGUAUGACUACCACCAUGGCCCCGCGUACUCAUCUCAACACAUCUCUCGCCACGAUUAUGGUUAUGGACAUGGAUACGGUCAUGACCACGACUACUAUGCCCACCCCAAAUACCAAUUUGACUACAAAGUAGAAGACCAUCACACCGGCGACAUCAAGUCUCAGCACGAGAGUCGCGACGGUGAUAUUGUAAAUGGCUACUACGCUCUCCACCAGUCCGACGGUAACGAAAGACAAGUACACUACCAUGGCGACGAACACACCGGAUUCCACGCUGAUGUCAAAUACAACGUGCAUCAUAAAUAUUACCAUCACUGAGUAUUUGUUAGCCACACUUUGUUUUUCAAGCAUCUUGGGUGUACUGUUAAUUUUUGAAAUGUUUUAUAAAAGUAAAACCAGAUCCUUCUAGAAA